AUGGAGGGUGAUCACGGCAGGAUCAAUUUACGCACUUUUCACUUGCCAAACAAUGGUUAUACUGCAGCCCGCGCGCACAUUAAUACUAAACUGGCCAUGGUGUUAUUUGCCAAAGAGCUAGCUAAACGAUUACAAUCAUCCGGAAUCAGCAAUGUUAAAACGUACUCAAUUAACCCGCGAAUUAUAGAUAGUAGACCAGGGGAAGAUUCUGAUAUAUCUACCAAUAAACUGUUCAGAUAUUUUAAGACCUUGUUUAUGUUGCCAGCUGAUAUGGGACCGCAACCCUACUUACACUGUGCCCUGGAUGAUGCGCUCGCAAAUGAGUCUGGUCACUUUUAUGAUAACUGCCGGCGCGUGGACUGUAUGACUGGUCAGGCAUUUAAUGAUAGGACUGCCCGUGAUUUAUGGCACUUAAGUGUCGAUUUAGUUAACCUCGAGUCCCAGUACAAACUUUAAUGAUGAACAUGAUGA